GUGGCUCAUAUUCAUCCUGGACAUGAUCUCUCCGAAUGUGGUAGAGAUCUGGGAGGCUGUCGUGACGUUCAUCUUCUUCCCACUGCUGGUCUUCAUAGCAUACGCGGCGGACGUCGGCUGGAUCGGGGGUGGCGACUCGCUCCGUGGCCGCGGUACCGUCAUCACCGCCGAUAUGAGCCCGGAGGAGCUGAAAGAUCUUGAGGAGGACAUUCGAAGAAGGCACGGAAACAGCAUCACCAGAGAGCAGGUGGCCCAGAUCAUGGAGAUCGAGUGCAGCGAGCCCUCCAGCAUUGCAACCUAUCGGCGACGGAAGCACCACAAGCCGAAGGGGAAGGAAGGCUCAAUUCCUCCGACGAAAAUUGUGCCCAUCACUGAGGACGAGGAGCAAGGCAAGGA